AUGGUAAAAGAUGAAAAAGAAUUAAAUAUUGCAAUUUUACAUCCAGAUUUAGGUAUUGGUGGAGCAGAGAGAUUAAUCGUUGAUUUAGCAUUAGGAUUAAAGAGUGUUGGAAAUAAUAGAAUCACAAUGUACACAUCAAGACACGACCCAAAGAGAUGCUUUAAAGAGACAUCUAAUGGUGAAUUGGACGUACACGUCACAGGUGGCUAUUUCCCAAGACAUAUUUUCAAUAGAUUUAUGGUAAUUUGCGCAAUCAUUAGAAACCUUUUAGCAGCAUUAUACAUCAUCUUUUUCUCUGGUCAAAAGUAUGACGUGAUUGUAUUGGACCAAAUCUCAGCCUCAAUUCCAUUAUUUAAACUAUUUACAAAUUCUAAAGUACUAUUCUACUGUCAUUUCCCUGACAAACUAUUAACAUCGAGAACAUCAUUAAUCAAAAGACUCUAUCGUAUACCAAUCGACCUCUUCGAAGAGUUUACCACUGGUUGUGCCGAUCAAGUAUUGGUCAAUAGUAACUUCACUUCAUCAAUUUAUAAACAAUCUUUUAAACAUCUCAAAAAUUCACCAUCAGUAUUAUACCCAAUCAUCAAUACAAACGAAUUUGAUAAAACAAAACAAUCUCAUAAUUUUUCAAAUCAACCAAUUGAAAAUAAUUUAAUUAAUCCAAUUAAAUUAGAUGAUAAAAAAUUCUUUUUGUCAAUUAAUAGAUAUGAAAGAAAAAAAGAUUUAAAAUUAGCAUUGGAUGCAUUUAGUGUAUUUAUUAGUAAUAGUGAAAGUGGUGGUAGUGGUAAAGGUAAAGAUGAAAUUUAUUUAGUAUUUGCAGGUGGAUAUGAUACAGGAUUAAAAGAGAAUGUUGAACAUUUACAAGAAUUAAAAGAUAAAGCCAAAGAAUAUGGAUUAGAGAAUCGUGUAAUUUUCUUGAUAACAAUUAAUGAAGAACAAAAACAAUGGUUAUUAUUAAACUGUUGUUGUUUAAUUUAUACACCAUCAUUUGAACAUUUUGGUAUUACACCAUUGGAAGGAAUGUAUGCUGGUAAACCUGUGAUUGCUGUUAAUAAUGGUGGUCCAUUAGAAACAGUUGUCGAUGGUAAAACUGGUUACCUUUGUAAUCCAACCGUUAAAGAUUUUGCAAAUGCUUUCAAUAAAAUUAUCAAUGAUCCUAUCAAUUCCAAAAAAAUGGGUAUCAAUGGUAAACAACGUGUAAAUGAUAAAUUUUCUUUUAAACCAUUUGCUCAAAAUUUAAAUACAAUUGUUAAAAAACUAUAA